UUUCUUUUUUUAUAGAUUAAACCAAGUAUUGAAGGUGACACUUAUUAGAAUUAUAAUGAAGAAAGGUAGGUAUAAUAAGCUAAGACUUUAGCCUUAAUGUUAAUGUGUAUAAUUAUCUAUAUUUAUUAUACAGAUUAAAAAAAAAUGUGUAUGAGGACCGAAAUAAAUGCUGAUGAUGAUGAUACAUUAAUAUGACACUAUAUGCAAGUUGCAUAUAUGCCAGGCUAAAAUGCAACACUGAACUUUAUACAUUAUGUAAUAGGAGGUGUUUGCUCAGUCUAUGUAGACUGUACGCGAAGACCUGAAGACCCCCGGGCUGUUAAAAUAUUUAUGAAUUAAUUUCUCUUCUUCAUACUUUAUAGUCACUAGAUGGCGCACGUUUGUUGAGAAACAUUCAAAGGUCGAACAACUAUCAAAAUGGAAUCCAAGUCUAAACUGGAGAGUAGUUUAAAAGUGAAACCUUAUCCAGUGGAUCUACCUGUGCUGCAUUAUGGCGAGUUGAGCACAGGAUAUGACGAAUACCUGUCCAGUGUCAAGUCAGAUGGUGCUGUCCCUAUCACCCUUCCACAUGGAGAGAAAGUGGAAGUAACUUGUGAGAACAUUGGUCGACUUGCGUUUCUGAGAGAUGGUGAUUUAUCACAUUUCAUUCUUGCUCUCCACACACCUGAGGAUGAAACCAAAGUGGUUGCUCUGUACUUGCUAGGCAAGUGGUGGCCUGUUGGUGAUGUUUUGAAGACAUCAAACAAAUCAAGAUGUGGACUUUUAUUAGUGGAAUCCGUGAUGGAGAGAGUUGUGCUCUUCCUGCUCAGUCAAGUUAUAUUUGGAAUUCUGGAAAGGUCUCUCGAAGAAGGCCUAUAUUUUUCGGCCUAUUCCUUGUGGGAACAUGGCAAAAUUCUCUGGCAAAAUGGAGAAGCAGUAGGGUUUUACACCAUCAAAAAAAAAGGCAGCUUGUGUGACGGCUGCACUGGCCAGAGUUAUCAGCUCCCUGUGCUGGACACAGUGUUUGUUCGCUCUCACUGGAGAAGGACUGGGCUCGCUUUACAGAUGCUGGAGGAUUUCUGCUCCUCUCAACCCUCUGAGGCGAUUCUGGGAAUUAGCUUUCCUAUGUCACCUGGCAUGUAUGGAGUUUGCAAAAAGUAUCUCGAGAUCCACAAAGAAGAAAGAGAGCGUCUCUAUGAAGUGGAAGCUCCGGGUGGAUGGGCUCAGAGACGAAAUGUGUGGUUAAAUAUCCAGCUGCGGGACUUUCCAAAACACUGUGGAAAUUCAGAGCAGAGUCCACGAUGCUCAUAUAGUCACAAAAGAUGUGAAGCUGAUUUGGAGGAAGAGGGGAUCCUUCGACGAUGUGAAUCAUCAGUCAGUCUCAAAGACUCGGGAAAGAAGCGACCAGCGGAUCAGACUGACGCAGGCACUAACUUUAAAAAAGCCAGGACUUAACAUUCAGUUAUUUAAUGUUUCAUGAAAUAUCUCUGACAGGCAGUUUCCUUUCAAGCCAUAACAGAGAGCCUAAAUAUUCAAGAUGGAAUUCUGUAUGGUCAUGUGUUAAAAUAUGUAGAUGUUGGUAAUAAGUAUCUAUCUGAGAUUUGCCCUCUGGGUAACAGUCUCAGGUAUUGUCAUUCUAUAAAGCUUACCAUAACAUUUAAUGCUGAUUGCCAAAUGGUAAUCAGACUGUCAUGCCAUCUGUAUCUGGAUAACAGAAAUGAAGAGUUUCAUUGUCUUGUUAUAGCCAUAUAGCGGCUAAUAAUCUGUAAUUUUGGCCACAUUUAAUUGAUUAUAUAAAGAAUAUGCAGCUAGACUAGAUCAAAUCUCUCUCAAAAAAAUAAAUAUAUGAUAUGCUUUA